AUGUCGAAGGCAUUUGUUCGCUCUAUCAAGAAUGUCACAAAUGGAUACUCCUCGGUUCAGGUUUUGGUUAGAAACGCAACCUCGAACGAACCAUCCGGUCCUUCGGUGAGCGAGAUGGCUGAAGUUUCAUCCCACACAUUCGACCAGGGCGAAUUCCUAGAAGUCAUGGACAUGGUCGACAAGAGACUCAACGAUAAGGGAAAGAACUGGCGUCAUGUGGCUAAGGCAUUGACGCUGUUCGAGUACCUGGUGUUAAACGGAUCUGAUAGAUGUGUCCAUUGGGCCAAGCACAAUCUAUACAUCGUGAAGACCUUGAGAGAAUUUACGUUUAUUGAUGAUCAUGAUAAAGACCAGGGAGCUCUGAUUCGUGUCAAGGCAAAAGAAUUGACCUCCUUGCUUUUAAAUGACGAGAGGUUGAUGGAGGAGAGAAGACUAGCCAAGGAAAGGAACGGCCAUGGCAGGAGAAAACGCAGACAACGCGAAGACGGUGAAGAGGAGGAGUACGAUGAUGAUCUUCAAAAAGCUUUGGAACAAAGCAGAUUAACGGCAGAAGAGGAGGAGAGGAGAAGAAGAAUGAACGGCUCUGACGAGAGUCUUCAAAGAGCUCUACAGCUGAGUCUAGAGGAAGAGGAGAUGAGAAAGAAAGCUAACCAAGGCAACCUUCUGGAUCUUGAUGAUGAGCCCCAGUAUGCUCUGGGCCAAAUCAUUGGAUAUGACAUGUUUGGUAACCCGAUCUAUGAAAACCAGGCCAUGAACACUGGAUAUCUACAGAACGCAUAUUCCACCGGGUACCAGGACUAUGCUGCCCAGCAAGCAGCGCAGCAGCAGGCUCAACAGCAAGCCCUGCUACUACAACAACAGCAACAGCAGCAGCAGUAUUUGCAAGAGCAGGCAGCUUUGCAGCAGCAACAGCAGUACCAGCAGUACCUGCUCCAACAGCAGCAAUUGGCGGCUCAGCAACAGGCAUAUCUCCAGCAGCAGCAGCAACAACAACAGCAGCUGGCAAUGCAGACUGGUUCGAAUAAUCCCUUUGCAUUUGGAUCUGGGCAACAGCCUCAAUCCCCACCACAGCAGCAGCAGUCUCAGCAGCAACCACAACCAGUGAAGCAGACUUUGACAGGAAACCAGAAGAUGAACGAGAAAUUUUCUGGUCUCAAUGCAUUAUUGGCGACUGGAACUGGAAUUGAUACCUUUGGUAACGAAGGAAGUACCAGAAUUCCGGCACAACACACCAAAACGGGGACUUUCAUCAACUCCUCGGGAACCGGGUUCAAGCAGGAAACUGGUCAGAACAAUCCAUUCUUUGGAACCCAGUAUACUGGUGUUGCUAGCACAGGUGUCAUUCCAUCCUACACUGGAUACGGAUUUGGAAACUCCCAACAGCCCCAACAGCAGCGUCAGAAUGGCAACUCUGAGAGUUUGAUAGAUUUGUAG